AGGAGCUGCUGGCGUGCUGUGAGGAGGGGAAAGGCGAGAUCAAAGAAGGUCUGGACGUGAUGCUGAGCGUCCCAAGAGAGCUAACGAUGCUAUGCACGUUAGCAUGCUGGAAGGUCUGGAGGAGGGUCUGGAGGUCCAGGGAGAGCUCCUCCUGCAGGACUCCUUCCUGGUCUGGGAGCCCAAGUCCCUGAUCAGGAAGGGGCGGGACCGACACCUCUUCCUGUUCGAGCUGUCACUCAUCUUCAGCAAAGAGAUCAAGGACUCAGCGGGACGCACCAAGUACCUGUACAAGAGCCGCCUCAGGACCUCAGAGCUCGGGGUGACUGAACACAUCGAGGGAGACGCCUGUAAGUUCGCUCUCUGGGUCGGACGCACCCCCACAUCAGACAACAAGACGGUCCUGAAGGCGUCCUCUCUGGAGCUGAAGCAGGAGUGGGUCCGCUCCAUCCGCCAGGUGAUCCAGGAGAGGAGGGGCCACCUGAGGGGGGCGCUGAGGGAGCCCAUCCCCCUCCCCAAGACCCCCAACCCCACCCUGGGGAGACAGCGCAGCAUCAGCCGCCG